AUGAGCAGCACGUUUGUGACGCUGGCGGAGGUGCUGGAGGCCCGGGGGGCUCCCCUGGGGGAGGACGAGGUCUGGAGCGUCCUGCUGGGCACCGGCGAGGCCCUGGUGGACCUCAGCUAUAAAGGUCAGACUAACAUCUGUAACAUCAUCACCCCUGGUUCCCUGUUGCUAUCGGUGACGGGCACACUGGCCUUUAAGAGCUGCAUCCAAUCAGAAGAGACCUCUCCUUUCACCGCCCCCGAGAUGCUGCAGGGACGACCAAUCACUACUAAGAUGGCCAUGGAGAAGGUGGCUGUGUAUUCUUUGGGAAUGACCCUGUACUGGUGUGUUGACUAUCGGCUUCCUCAGAACCAGCCGGUGCAGCUGAGUGACGCUCUGAACGCGUUGCUACUGAGCAUGUGCGAGGAAGUGGCCCACCGGCGCAUGAGCCUCAGCUCCAUCCUGGAGGCGUGUGAGGAGCAGCAGAAGACCACGCCCCUUCCCCCCCCCAACAGGGCCAUCCGCCAGCUAGUGGAGCACCUGCUCAACGACACCGCUGGCAGCUCAGCCAUCUCUGAUCCUGUGGUUCCAAUGAGUGGAAGGAGUCAGAUAGUACGGGAGAGACUACACGGUAAGCGCAGUGCGUACUUUGGCUACCCAGAGGGGAAUGGAGCGUCAGGGCAGAGGCGAAGACUCUCCUCGGAUUCUGAGCUCCACAAAGGUGGAUUGAGUCAGCAGAAGCAGUGGGCACAAAAGAGGCGGGGUUCACCCCCCCUCUCCUUCCAGACGCUACCCAAUCGGCUACAGCGGGGGCUGCAGCAGCGAGGCAGUAGCAGUAGCAGCUGGUUGUCGCGGAGUCCGUAUCUUAGCGAUGCAGGUCCUCCUCUCAGUCCGCCCAUCAGCCUGAGCGACUCCACCGCCAGCCUCACCCAGCGCAAGGCCAAGACGCUGGGGCCUGAGUUUGUAAGGAUGGGCGAUGAGCCUGCCAUCACUCUAGAGCUGCCAGGAUCUAUUGUGUCCAAGAAAGGGAAGUCAUGUGCGUCUCAGCGAGAGGUCAGUGUGUUCCUGCCCAAUGACCAGUGCCUGCUGGUGCGCUGUGACAUCAAGUCGCGCGGCCGAGACGUCUUCGACAUGGUGGUGGCGCACGCCAACCUGGUGGAACACUUCUACUUUGGCCUGGCCUUCAUCGACGAUGAUGAGUUCUUCUUCCUGGAGCCGGAGAUGAAGAUUUCUAAAGUGGCUCCUGACGUCUGGAAGAAACAGCCUGGAUGCAACUUCACACUCUACCUGAGGGUCAAGUUCUUCGCCGACGACAUCUCCUACAUUCAGCACAGGCUUACGCGGCACCAGUUCUACCUGCAGCUGAGGAAGGACCUGCUGGAGGACAGACUGCACUGCAACGAGGACACCGCCCUCUAUCUGGCCGCCCUGGCACUGCAGGCAGAGUUUGGAGACUACAUGCAGGAGGUGUAUGGUAGGACCUACUUCCAGCUGGAGCAGUAUGUUUCUAAGAGGGUUGUGGAGAAGAUGGCGUUGCCAUGCCUACGGGAGGAGCUGCCCCGCCUACAUGCCAACAACACACACAUGCUGCCUGAAGAAGCAGAGAUGGAGUUCCUAAAGCUGAUGCAGCAGUUGCCUGAGUACGGGGUGCUGUUCCACCGUGUGGGGCGUGAGCGCGAUAAACGUCCAAUAGGAAAUGACCUUCUGCUGGGGGUCAGCUCCAAGGGCGUCAGCGUCUACGAGACGCGCAACAACAACCGCUACCUGAGCAGGUGCUUCCACUGGAACGAGACCGACAGCAUCUCUACUGGAAGGCGUAAGCUGACCAUUGAGUGUGGUCCGAGUGGGAAGAAGCACUCGUUCCAGACGGAGAGCAGUCGGAUCGCCCAGUACCUGCUCAACCUCUGCUCCGCACAGCACAAGUUCCACAGCGAGAUGAUGUCCCGCCAGCUCACACACACACUCACCACAGAUGAGAACUUGGAGAAGUAUCUGGCGGUGUGUCGCUCUCAGCACUCCCAGAUGAAGCGGCUCUCCUGCUCCGAGAUCGUCCUCAACAACGUGGGCCUCUCUGCCGCGUUGCCUAGCGACAGCAUCAGCAAGUCAUGUGACGACCUGUCGGCCAAGGUGGAGGCUCGCCAGCGGAAACAGAGAGAACUUCAAAACAUCUACGGAGGAUCCUCUCUUCGUGGUGAACAUUCUGUCAUAAUGAAUUCUACAAUGAUGUCUCUGUGUUUGGCAGACACCCCAACACGCACACCUCCGGAGAGGGAGAUCAUCUGUGUCACCCUGAAGAAAGACCCCAAACUUGGCUAUGGGUUUGUAAUCGUGGGGGAGGAUAACACUGGGAAGCUGGAUUUGGGCAUCUUCAUCGCCACUAUAGUUCCUGAUGGACCUGCUGACAAAGAUGGCCGAAUCAGAGCUGGUGGUCGGUUGAUCUCUCUGAAUAAGAUCAGUCUAGAGGGAGUAAGUUUCACUGCAGCUGCUGCCAUCCUGCAGAACAGUCCAGAGGAGGUGGAGCUCAUCGUCUCACAGCCCAACCGUAUGUCAUUACAGACCCUCCAGGAGAGCAAGACGUCCCAGAUGGGGGGUGCUGGCGGGUACGGGCUGAUGCUGGAGCGCAGCUACGACUCCCAGACCACCCUGAGCACCGAGUACCGGCCCGCCGUGGAGGAGCUGGAGGAGGCCCUGACCACCCUGCUCACGCCUAAAGCAGGCCGCCGCCUCAACGUGCCUGUAGUGCGCAUACUGGACACGCAGGAUAACUGGUCCAGGUGCUCCUCCUUGUCUAGUCUGAGGGGGCCGGAGUCUGUGUUUGUGGAGCUGAGGAAGAUCAACGGCAGUCUGGGCAUCAGUGUAGCAGGUGGUGUGAACACCACUGUGCGUAACGGCGGCAUCUACAUCAAGAGCCUGGUGAUGGGGGGAGCAGCUGACCUGGAUGGAAAAAUACAGAUAGGUGACCGGUUGCUGGAGGUAGAUGGCACUAACCUGAGGAGAGUGACUCAUCGCCAGGCCGUGGAGUGUUUGAAGAGGACAGGAGAGGUUGUGACCCUAGUGCUGGAGCGGGAGCAGCAGGUUGUCUUGGAUACGUCUACUCCAUCCUCCACUCUGGAGCGCCAGGUGUCUCCAUCGCUAAGCGCCAGCUCUUCCACAUUGUUCCGCCGAGAUGCCACCAUGGAAACCAUCCCCAGCGUUAGGCCCAAGGACUACACCUUUGUGCCUGAAGAGAGUAUCCAGGAGGUGCUGUUGAGGAGGAGUGUGAGUGGACUGGGCUUCAGCUUCAUGGUGUGUGACGUGUCGUCUCCGCCGGGCCGCGGAGGGGGCAGCGUCGUCCGCAUCAAGCGUCUGUUUCCAGGGCAACCGGCCGACGAGAGCGGGAUGCUGCGGAUGGGCGACGUCAUCCUGGCCGUCAACGGCCAAUCACUGAAGGGCGUGCCCUACCAGAAAGUUCUUCUAAUGCUCAGAGGAGCUGCUGAUGAGGUGCGACUCAGCAUUUGCAGACCUCCACCAGGAAUCCUGCCUGAUAUGGAAACAUACGCUCUGAGCCCCGGCCCGUCUCCCAUGAGGGAGAUGCGCUCCAUGUCCCUGGACCUGCGCAUGAGGGACCUGUCCAUGGACUUCCACCGCCUGCUGCAGCUGAAGGCCGAGGAGCAGCAUCAGGACAAGGUGCGCAACGUGCGCCUCCUGCAGCGUCUGGAGCGUCUGGAGGAGAGGGACAGCUCGGGCAGCGAGCCCAGCGACACGCCCACGCGCGUCAUCCACACUCCGCCGCCCACGCCCACGCCCACGCCCACGCCCACGCCCGCCAAGCCGGCACAGGGGCUUCGCAUUGGCUCGUCUGAGAGAGAGGCGGGGCCUAACGAAAGUCCCGCGCGUGAGGCGGAAACUGUGACGGAGUCGGUGGCGAAAGAGACGGCUGCGGCGGUAACUAUGGCAACAGACUCCUCCUUGUCACCGGAGGAUGCUCUCAGGAGCUCCAUCAAGAGCCAGAGCGAAAGCACAUGUCCCAGUCCCAACAAACUCAGCUGGACGGAUGAGGAAGAGGAGGAAGAAGACCCUAACAGGGAGAUACUUAAGGAGUUUGAGUUGACGGUGACCUUGACUAAGUCGUGGAGCGGUAGUUUCGGCUUCACCAUCACGCGCAGCAAGCUGGACGGCUGCUACUACGUGCAGGAGGUGCUGGACAACCCCGCCCGCUCAGACGGACGCCUCCGAGCAGGAGACAGACUCAUCAUAGUAAAUGGCCAUAAUGUAACCUCGGUGACGGAUGACAUGGCCAUGAGCAUCCUGCGCUCGUCGUCACGGAGACUGGUGAUGGUUUUGGGCCGGGCCGUCCAGAACCUCGUAGCCCCGCCCUCUGCAGACAGCCUACCGGACAUCACCCUGCACAAGACACUCAGCGGACAACUAGGCAUCAAGCUGACGGGGGGCAUCGGUAGCCGCUGGCAGGGCAUCUACGUGCUGGAGGUGGUGCCCAACUCGCCCGCCAGCGAGGAGGGCAGCCUGCAGCCGCAGGACAAGAUCCUGUACAUCAGCGGCCGCUGCACCCUGGGCAUGACCCUGGAGGACGCCGUCAAGGCCUGCGAGAGUGCCACGCGCAAGGUCAAGCUCAAGGCUCUCAGUAUGACCCUGGAGGACGCCGUCAAGGCCUGCGAGAGUGCCACACCUAAGGUCAAGCUCAAGGCUCUCAGAGAGGAUCAACCUGUGACAUCAAAGGCAAAGUGGAAUGGUGUGUAUCAGUGA